UGUGGCCACUGUAAAUAUUGCGUUGAACACGAUGGAUAUCAAUCAGUGCUCCGACGACGACCUUUUCUUCGCCAAAAGCCAUCGGUGUGAUCCACAAAGUGCCGAGUGCGAGCCAUCCGCCGGCAUGGGCUUUCGACGGGGCGGUUACCGGUGCCGCUGCCGUGAAGGUUUCUACACGCCCGCCUCGCUGGACGACGGCGGCAACGGCGACACGGCGGCGGCGGGCAGCGGUGAGGCGCUCGAAGCUGCCGCGUCGGCCGAAUUCCGCUGCCUGCCGUGCCCGUCCCGGUGCGGCGGCGCCUGCCAGCGAGCCGACACGACCGAGCAGCGGGAAGAGGCAUGCUUCGUGCAGUACAACAUGGCCUGGCGCACGCUGGCCCUCGGCCUGCAGGGCUUCUGCACCAGCGUCACUGUCGUGCUCAUGGCGGUCGUAUUCAGGCUAAGGAAGUCCAAGAUGUUUGCAUCGGCCAUGUGGAUUCUUCUAGAGGUCAUUUUGUUGGGAGCACUUAUUAUCUACCAAACAAUCAUAAUACGUUACUUCGAACCUACCACGACGACCUGUUUAUUAGAACCUUGGUUCCGCGAAAUAGGAUUCAUCGUCCUCUACGGCGCGCUUUUAUUGAAGAUUUACAGGAUCCUUGCGGAGUUCCGGACGCGGAAGGCGCACCGCGUUUGUGUCCGGGACAAGGACCUGCUCAAGUACCUGCUGGGGCUGGUGCUGGUCGUGGCCGGCUACAUGUCGGCCUGGACGGCCGUGGUCAUGGACAACUGGGAGAAGGGCCACAGCAUCCUGCAGGUGGCCCGCGCCUCCGGGCACCGCUCCGCGCUACGCUUCCUCGUCUGCCGCGCGCUCUGGUGGGACUACGUCACCGAGUUUGGGGAAGCUCUGUUCAUGCUUUUGGGCAUCUACUUAGCCUAUUGUAUACGUAAUGCCAAAGUUGAGUACUACACAGAAAAAUGGACUCUCUGCUGCUCUGUUUACAUCGAAACCUUGUUCUCCCUUAGUAUGUACAUAAUUCGGCACGCAUUGGCGGCUGUUCUCGAGCCUGACCAUGUGUUUCUGCUAUACUUCAUUCGCUGCCAUUGUACUGUCACCGUCAUCCUGUUCCUCGUAUUCGCCCCCAAGUUAUGGUACCACCAUCGGCCUCCAAACUUGGCAACAGAGCAUCGCAGUCGUCAUUUUUCAUCGUAUGAAAUUCCGGAUCCGCAUCCAGAGAAUCUGAAACUCCACGAAGCCGUUCUUUCCAACGGAGAGGUGGACAUUGCAGACAUAAACCUGGCAGACAUGGAUCCGGAAGACAUAAGGGCUGAGCUUCGGCGCGUGUACACCCAACUGCAAGUGCUGCGGAACAAGACGAUGCGCAAGGACAACCCGCACAUCUCGAAGCGCCGCGGUGGCCGCAAGGUGACGCACCGGCGGUUCUCGCUGCAGCCCUUCCACCACAAGCACAAGCACGCGCACGCGGCGCACUCUGCGGCGCACGAGCAAGAGACCACCGAGGUCUCCAAGACGCCCGAGGACUCGACGGCCAGCGGAGAGGGCGGGCCCGUGCCCGACGGACCGUCCGUCACGAGCGUCUCGGGCAUCGGCCGGCCCCUGCAGUUCGACGACGCAGCCGCUCCCUCGACGCCCGUCACCCCGUCCCGGAGGUCCUAGGACGCCGAAACAAAACAACGAGACGCAGGCAAGGGGACCAAGGGAGCGUGCCAAAACAUCUAGGACCACAGCAAACCAGCAACGCGCGACGGCCGGCGCAGUCUCUUCGCUAUCCUUCCCGGCAUACACCGCGGGAAGUCCCGGGGUGGUGGCGGAUCCCCGGAAACUGAAAAGAACUACACUUACCUCCUCUAAAGAUGCGCAGAAAGAGGACAAGCUGUUACAGAAUAUCGAAGCGAGAGCAAUGCGCCAACGGCCCAGUAGCGCGUCCGCUGCUACACGCACUCCACAGACACUCUAUACACACUAAUGGGUGCGUUCCGAUUCUGCCGGCCUGACUGAAGGUGCUAGAAUCAGCUAUCAAACGAAGAUACGGCUUGUUCUAAGCGGCGGAAAUUCUCGAAAGUGCUUUCUCGCUCCGAAGUUCUGUGUCACGCACCAAGUGAGGUUCGUGCUCUUUCACCAGCCAGGGGUCGGUGAUGUGCAGAGUUCUUUCCAUACUGCCGUGAUGUCUUCCUUCUCUUAAAGAUUGUCGCCAAUAUCAUCGUCUAGACGACGGAAAAAGACCACUCACUUGAUUUGUUCAGCCUUUCACUAUAGUGUACGAUACCCUUACAGCGUAUCUGUCUGACUCGGAUCUCGGGAUUUAUUCGCGUGCGUCGACAGAGAAAUUGCACGAGUUCAAGCGCAAAAAAAGUUUGCUCAUUAAGAUAGCGCAUCUAAUAUUAGAUGACUUUGCACAGUUCCUUUAAGUCGUUGGCUAAUUAAGAAAUAAAGGCUGCAUAUUCCCGACGAAAGUGCUAAUUUUGGCUGAAGGUUGUCGACAUUAUCUCCGCAUAAAUCAGCCAAUAUAUUAAAUGUUUCAUCCUAAAACCAGGACCGCAAAGACACGCGUAUAACACUAUCUCUCUGCUCGAUGGCCAUCAUCAGUGUUGCCGUUAGAAUUUAGUUCGUCUGGAGUGUCCACCAAAUUCCCUAUCCGGCUAAGUGACCUACU